AUUGCUCUUCACCUUACUGUCACGAUGUCACUGCGUAUAUUUUUAUUGAAUAUGGUAGCACAGCGCCUUCGUGUCGGUUGUAGGUGUCGAGGCGAACGGCGGCCCGUUCGUCUGUCCGUCAGUCGCGCCGCGCACACCGAGGUCUCCGCUCCUCUCACCGAACGCUAUUCUUCACGUCCGCAGCCGCCCUUAUCAAAACAUUCCCGCAUUGGGAUCGAUCUGUACGUCUCUACGCUAUCCGCGAUAACGUGUACGACCCAAGGGUGACGUUGCGGCUCCAGUGCCCCGUUCAGUGUUGUGACUUAUGCCUUGUGAUUAUCAGUUAUCGGAUUAAUGUUUACAAUUUUUGUUUUGAUACGUCGCAUUACAAGCACUACCUCAAGCGUCGCCUGCGCACGCCGCCGUCCGUCUGCUCCAUGAGCAUUCCUGGUAUGAGAUUACCGUCUGUUGUGCGCGCGCUAUGCUUGCGUGAUCGGUCAUCAUGCGCCUCUUCCGCGGGCCGAAGCGCAGGGAAGUGACCGGGCCUCAGGCCGUGACGUCUCCGCGCGGAGACCUCGCCGCGCACACCCCGCAUAACUACACGCUCGUCACCGCACUCCCCGCCAUGGUCAUGGAGGACGAUGCCAAUGAUAUGAAGAAAGUGUUUACAACAUGGGGUCGCCGCAUGGGAAAAAAACUGGAUAUGUUGAAAAAAGCUGAAAUAAAAGAACCAUCUGAGGAAACAGAGAAAAAUGUGAAUGUAAAUGACGACAAUUCGACGAUUAGCACAGGGCAGUACAAAAAGAAAGGAAAUUGGAAAAUGGGAAGAAGUAGUUCUGAUUCUGCGUCAUUAAAAAGGGAUAGCGAUACUGAAUCUAUAAGAAGUGGUUCAAGAGAUAGAUCGCCAAGUCCCUUCAAAUCUUUUUUUCAUCGAAUGGGCUCAACUGGAAUGUUAAAUAGUUCUAAAACACAAUCUCUUAAUACACCGAAAACGUCUGAUAAUUACUCUCUUACUAAUGGUCCUUCGCUGUAUCGAAGUUGUUCUACAUCACACUUAUCAACCUACGUUAAAGCCGAUGAUCCUUCUGAUGACAUAGACCUUCAAAAUACAAAUCCUGAUAAAAUCUCACCCUCCAAACAAAAACAAAAUUCACUGGCCGAAGAAAACUUAGUAAAGUCGUCGUCAAAGGCCGCUAGUUGUGAUAAUAUUCCAAAUAAGUUAGACGGAUCCCAAAACACAGGAUCAUGUAAGAAACCAAAUUUCCCAUAUGCUUUUUUAAGGUCUAAAUUAUCAGUUUUACCUGAAGAAAACAGUAUGGCAGCACAGCAUAGAUCUAUCUCCGCACGACAAAGUUUUUCGGAAAGAAUUGAUCGCAAAUCUCCGAAAUUUCGACGCGAAAGAAUAUAUUUACCGAAUUCCAGAUCAGAAGAGCGAUAUCAAAGCAGUGAUAACAUAUCCGUCCAUGGAGAUAGUAUACUUAUGAAUACAGGACUACGAAGUAAUUGUGAAUUUGCCAGAAGUUCGAUGAGAAGUAUUAAUGACACGGAUGUAAACACAUAUCAAAUUCGACGUACAGACGAGGCACUUCGACGAUCAUCUAUGAUAUCUCAAAAAGGACCUCUUGAUUACGAUCCAAUGCUAAUGCCAAGAAACAGAAACAGUUUGCCAGUAUAUGAAUAUAAUGGGAUAUUAGGGUCCUCACAAGAUAUAAAACCGGAUUUAGCAUCUUCUAAUCAAAGCAUCCAUCAAGAUAUUCUUCAAACUCAUCGAUUAAGCAAUUACGUCAGUUCAAAUGAAUCUGGAUACGAUAGUGAUGGAAGACCAACAGAUGAACACUUAAAUCAUUCCCCUCCUGGGUAUGCGCGCAAUAAAAAGAAUUCGUCAAAUAAUAUAAACGGAGAAAUAAAUCACAGUAAUUUUUCACGUCAGUUAAGUUUAAAUCAUAAAAUAAACAUGACCCGAGCCCAAGUUCCAACGAGACGAAGUUCUACUCCUUGUGCGCUAUUCCCUGUUGAGAAAAACGUAUCAUAUGAAAAUGAAAACCGAGAUGCCAACAAAUACAAAAGUAACGAUAUUAAUAAUCAUAUUAUGAUCGAUUACAAUGAUGCCAAACCACCGCCUUUACCAAAGAAAACUAUAAACAAAAAGAUUCCAUACAUUUAUAAAACAAUUACUUUAGAUGAACGCGUACAAACAAGAAAAAUAAAAUUAUUGCAAUCUCAAUUGGUAUCUAUCGAUCAUUCCUCAACACCGAAUCUUAGCGAAAAUAUGUCUGACGACUUAAUUGAUGAACAAGUUCAAGAAAUCGAUAUUCUUGGUCGAGGUCCAUGUACAAAACGUUUCAGAAAAAUAAGACUAUUAAAAUCAAGAUUAGAUGAAAGUUUAGGAGUCUAUUUGGCACAGCAUAGAGUUGAUUUUGAUAGUGCUGGUACGAAUUAUGAAAUUCGGUACAUUGUGGUAAAACUUGAUUUUGACGGCAUAGCUCAUAGAGAUGGAAGACUUCGGAUAGGUGAUGAAAUAGUUAAUGUAAAUGGAAAAGUUUUGCGGGGACUAUCUUCUUUACGAGAUGUACAACAUAUUGUUAAUUCCUGUUCUACAGAAGCAACAAUUGAGGAUGGGGCACUGUUUCAAAGAUAUCAAGUGGAUCUUGUUAUGGCUCAUGAUGAAAUUACUCCUAUUUCAUUAAGCCGAAUAAUAAACAGUCAACCUUGUGAACUUAAUUCCAUGCACUCUAUGUCAAAUGUACCGCCUGAUAUUAUAUCACAAACUGUACAUACACCAUCGCCUUCUAGCCAAAUUGUAAUAGAGACUCACUUUCCUACUGGUGAUCAUUAUACACAAAACGCAAAUAAUGGCAAUGAGCAUUGCAAUGACAAAUCAGACUCAAAUCAAAAAUGUGAAGUCGGAGUCCAAGUGAACAAUAGUCUAUUGUUAUCAAAUCAAAAAAGUGACGACGAAAAGUUAUUAGAACGGAACGGUUAUACGCAAUCUCAUCCGUCUCUACAAAAUAUCACAAAUAUAGAAAUUUCAAUGAGGUCAUCCCCUACACCAAGACACUCAAACAGCAAUAACUAUAGGCCAAUAUCACUUCAUAGUUCGCGGCCUCAACCAUUAUUUGGCGUAUCUGUACGUAGCGACAACGCAUCAAACGAAAUUAAAGAAAACUCAUCCCAUUAUAUUAAAAAUGCGCAACGGCUAUACCAAAAUCGAUCGUUUGAGAGUAUACCAGAGCAAUUACGAAGUAAUAGCAGAAGCAGAUUCUUUAACAGAGUUGGUUCGCAAAGAUGUUCGCCUAAUUAUAAUACACAUGUAUCCCGACAUCAAGAAUAUACCAGACAAGAGAACACACAUGCCUCUCAUAACACUUUGCAUAGGGCAGAAUUUUGGAAGGGACCUGGACACAAAAGUCUCGGAUUUAGUAUCGUUGGUGGAACAGAUUCUCCGAAAGGACAAAUGGGAAUAUUUGUUAAAACAGUUUUUCCAAACGGUCAAGCAUCCGAUAAGGGAACUAUCUAUGAAGGUGACGAGAUCUUGUCUGUAAACAACGUUCCAACGCGUGGACUCAGCCACGCUGGUGCAAUUUCGUUGUUUAAGCAAGUAAAAGAAGGAAAAAUAGAAUUGACGCUUUCAAGAAGAAGAGCUCCUAGGUCAAGAUCUGUAGAACCUCUUGGAAAUUUUCGCAGUGACGGCAAGAGAGAUUAAUGCUAGAUGAGCCAAAAGCCCCAAAGACAAAUAUGUUUUAUCGAGUGCAAUAACAUUUAAUAUUUUACUUUAUUUUAGGCCAAAGGCGAACAACAUUUAUAUAAAUAUUUACUCGUAGAACUAUUUUUAGAUGUGUAAGUGUACGUGGUACUAUACUAUGAUAUGUAGUAUAUAAGGUUACGUGGUCGCUUCCACAAUCUAAGUUCAUACUCAUGUUAAUUAAUUAAAUGAAUAGAACGUAAGUUAAAAAAUCUAUUUGUCAGCUUUAUUAAAAUAUAAUGUAUAUAACACGCAAUUCUAUAUUCCUAACGUCUUAAACGUUAUAUAUAGUGUGUCGAUAUCUAAUGUUAAACGUUGUUAGUGUUUAUAAUGUGAAUAUCAUAAGACUGUAUGUAACAUCAACUCAGUUCUAAACUCUUACGUUAAGUAUAUGUUAUUAUAUUAUAAAAUCCCGUUAGGAAUGCUAGAUCUCGUUACUUGCUAUAAUUGUACGUACAUAUUUCAUUAGGUGCUAAAUAAUAGUCGUACACAUUAACUUAUAUCUCCAAUACUACUUUAAUUACUAUAGAAAACUUGACUUUAAUCAUUACAAUAAAUAGACUGAUAUUUCGAUUUUCUAUAAACAUUAAUUUGUACCUAUAUUCACAACCAAAGUUUAGUAAUAAUGUGGAUCUUAUUUAAAUAAAUUUACACAUUCUAUUGCUGUGCAAGAAAAUUCUGUUCAAAUGUGUCAGCGAGUUUGCUCCGUCCAUUGAAAUCGUAGAGGGUCAUCGGUCAUUUCAUUGGCAGAUUGGCAGCCGGCGUAUAAAACAAAUUGUAAAAACGACAAUUAAAACGAUACAAAUGAAUCGAUACCAUCCAAGACGAUCGAAAUUAAAUAUUAAGAAUAUUCAACAACAGUAUUGUUAAAAAUUUAGUUUAUAAUACUUUGUAAAUAAUUUAUUAAGAUACCUCCCAAUGCUUCCAUGUUUUAAGUUGAAAAUAAAACAUUUAUAAAUAUA